UGUCCCUGCCCAGGGCAGGGGGUUGGAACAAGAUGAGCUUUAAGGUCCCUUCCAACCCAAACCAUUCUUGAUUUUAUGAUACAGAUGGAUGCAUAUUCUUCAUGAAAUGCAGAGAACUGAGUGUCUGUCAGAGAACUGGGCAGUGAUCAGCUUCUGUUUUUCUUUCAGGGAGACUCUGCUCCUGUCACCACUCCAGUGUUCCACUGCUCCGUGCCCGGGGGUGAACUGGUGAAGCAAACCUAGAGAGGGACUUCAGUCACCUUUUAAUGAAGGUCAAAAAACAGGUUAAACUUGUCAGUGAUUCAUCUCUUCAUUUUACUGCCACUAAACUUAAUCUUGAAAUCCUGGGCUGAGAACUUGUCUGCCAAACCUCGCUGUUGAGGGCAUUGUUUGUGUGAAUGUUCCAAUGGCAAAGGAGGCUGUUACUCCUGGGUGUAAGAGAAUUAAGCAGUGCCACGGCUGCCUACCCAGCAGACCUGCUCCCCAGAGCCAGAGGGAUGGUGGUAGUUACGGGGCAGAACAAAGUGAGCGGAAACCCGGAUGAUGCCAUGUCGAGCUCGGAUGCAGAGGAUGAUUUCCAAGAGCCGGCCACUCCUACUGCAACCCAGGCAGGACAAGCUCUACCUCUGCUGCCCCAGGAGUUUCCAGAAGUUGUCCCCCUGAAUGUGGGAGGGAUGUACUUCACCACGAGACUGUCCACCCUGAGGCGUUACGAGGACACCAUGCUGGCAGCCAUGUUCAGCGGGAGGCACUACAUCCCCACGGAUGCUGAAGGCAGGUACUUCAUCGACAGAGAUGGAACCUACUUUGGAGACAUACUUAACUUUCUGCGCUCUGGUGACCUGCCACCAAGAGAACGAGUGAGGUCAGUUUACAAGGAAGCUCAGUAUUAUUCCAUAGGACCAUUGCUAGACAAUCUAGAGGAUAUCCAGCCUCUGAAAGGAGAAAAAGUUAGACAAGCUUUCCUGGGCCUAAUGCCAUAUUACAAAGAUCACUUGGAACGGAUAAUCGAAAUAGCAAAGCUCCGAGCUAUGCAGAGAAAAGCCAGAUUUGCAAAACUGAAGGUCUGUGUCUUCAAAGAGGAGAUGCCCAUCACUCCCUACGAGUGCCCCCACUUCAAUUCCCUGCGUUUUGAGAGGAGUGAGAGCGAGACCAAGCUGUUUGAGCACCACUGUGAGGUGGAUGUGUCCUUCGGGCCCUGGGAGGCCGUGGCCGAUGUCUACGACCUGCUGCACUGCAUCGUGACAGACCUGUCUGACAGGGGCAUCACUGUGGACCACCAGUGCAUCGGGGUGUGUGACAAACACCUCAUCAACCACUACUACUGCAAGAGGCCCAUCUAUGAGUUCAAGAUCACUUGGUGGUGAGUUGUUUUGUCCGGGACGGCGCGAGGGAUGAAAGGACUUCUGGGUGACAGUCGAUUGCUUCGGGUAUUUUUGCACCGUGUCUCUGGAAAUGCAUUGCUGCUAACAUUCCUUGGAGUCAGUGAGCUGCUCAGCAAAGGGAACCUGGUGCAGGGGUUAAAGAACCUCUGGAAUCUUGCAAAACCAGCCUGACAUCAGACUGUUGGCUCAGGUACCUUAACGAGGCACAACACAAAAAUCACCUCAUGGGAAUGGUGGAGAGGAGUGUCUGACAUCUUCUAAAAGGUGCCCCCAGCCACGUGGCUUUAGUAUCCCAGUCUGCAGAAUGGAAUUACAGAUCUCUCCUGCUUUAUUGGGAAGCUGGGGUGCUAAUAAUGCUGACAUGGGGUUCAGCUUUACCCACUUAGAGAUGUUUUAGUUCCUACUUAAACUUACCACUUUAUAAAAUUGAGUAAUACCCAGCACAAAGAUUCUGGAAAUGUAAUUUUGAUGUUAUAGAUAAUUUAAAAAAGGGGGGAAAAAAGAGUGUUCCCUAUAUAUUAUUAAUUGUUGUCAGGAUUAAGGUGUAUUUCUUUUUUAAUUAAGAAUCUACAUUGUGAAUUAUAAUGUUAUAUUUCAAUUAUUAUUAUUGUUAUAACAAGGAAUAGCAGAUUUGGAAUAUAUUCCUUAAUGCUUUUAGGAAUAAUAACUGUCCAUGGAAGACUUGUGCCUGUUUUUAGCCUUAGAAAUUCUAAAUGUUUACAAUAUCUACAAAAAAAAAAAAAGAAGCUCUAUAGAAUCAGGUCAUUUACAAAGGCUUUUGGUAAAUGAGAAAACCCUAUAUGUAUGUUCCUAUUAGCAGAAGUAAGAGGAAUAUUUAAUGUAUAUUAUUUUAUUACUGACUCUUUUUACAUUCUGUGAUAUUAAACUUUGUUCUAGAGUUAAAAUCAGAUGAUACAGUACAAGUGCUUCCUUCACCUCACCUUCUUCAGACAAUUCUUAUUUUCAUCAUUCUUGUUGACCCUUCCUGGUGUCAUACAAGGAAAAACAAAAUUCAGCCUUCCUAUUCAAAUAUUUCUCCAAUUAUAAAUCAGUAGAUCUGGGUAAUAAAUCCCUUUCCAUGCCAAAAGAGGCAGCCAUUGCAGAAUCACAUUCUUUUCAGAAGGCAGUUGUUGCACUUCUGACAUGAGUAACCACAUCCCAAAGUUGAAUUACUUGAUGUCCAAAACCAAAAGGGAAAUUUAAAUGUCUGCAGAUAUUAAUGUUUUGUGAGGUACAGGAAACUCAGCUGUUUUUCUAAAAUACUCCACUUGAAGGGACUUCCAAAGAAUCUUAAGGAGAAAGAAAAAGUAAAUAUUUGCAUAUUGCAUUCCACUGGAUUAGAUGAUCCAACAAUAUUGCUUAAUUAAGCUUUUGACCAAAACGCUUAAGAAACACAUUAAUUACAGGGAUCAGAAUUCUUAGUUACCUGAGGUAAUUUUUAGUAUAAUUCUAAAAACUUUAUGGUCAAAUUGUCUUGCAAAAAAAGAGCCAAAUUGUUUGCACUGUCACACUUUCAGGCACUUAAUUUAGCAAUUUUUAGUAAAUUGUCUCUCUUUAGUGGGGGUUCUAAUGAUCUCUUUGCAAAUGUUUACUU